GUUGUAAUCCCAAACAUUGUCAUGUGAUCAGUAGCUGCUUCCAACUUCAUGAGACAUAGUCACGUGACUAAGUGGUGAAUUUGUUUAUUGUUAUUAUUUCGUUUCUGCUGCACAGGGGAAAGCACAUCGGAACACUUGGCACUUGGCACGUAAGUUGAAUUUUUCUGACCAAAAUUUACAGCCAAAAAAAGAUUUUUAUCUUUACAGAACAAUGGCUGAUUGUAACACAAAACCUGGUCCCUGUAUCGCGAAGAAAACUCCUGGGGGUCAUCCAGCAGAGAAAAUGAAUUAUUUACAACUUUUUGAGUCUGUAAAGAAAGCUGCUUUUGUUGUUGGCACUGCUUUGCUUGUAUUUGCUGCAGCUAGGAACACUAUUACAUGGCACAUGCAAAGAUUUUGGGGUGCUUCUGGAGACUUUUGGCAAACAACAUGGAACAACAUCUUUAGUUUGUUCAAUGAAGAUGAAAUGUUAGUUGGUGUUGUAGGAACAACUCUGUUUACGUUUACGGUAUUUUGGUUGGCAAACAGUUUUCUUAUAUUUUUGGAUGUCACUGGUAUGCCUUCGUCAUUGUUGCGCUACAAAGUCCAGCCUGAUAAAAAUACCCCGCUUGCAAUGAAGGAUUUGAAGAAAAUUUGUCUGAGAGUUUUGUUUAACCAAACAAUUGUUGCCCUGCCAAUGAGCUUUUGUACUUGCUUAGUUAUGAAAUGGAGAGGAUGUCCUGUUAGUGGAGACCUGCCAACAUUUCAGUGGGUUCUCUUGGAAAUUGCCGUAUUCACUCUUAUUGAAGAACUGGGAUUUUACUACUCCCACAGACUUCUGCAUCACCCAGCCUUAUACAAAUACAUUCACAAGAUACAUCAUGAAUGGACUGCUCCAGUUGGCCUUGUAUCUGUCUAUGCUCACCCACUUGAACACGUUAUGAGUAACAUGCUGCCACCAGUUCUUGGACCCAUCAUUAUGGGAUCUCAUCUGGCAACAUCUUGGCUGUGGUUCGCUCUGGUUUUGCUGUCCACCACUGUAGCACACAGUGGUUAUCAUUUCCCCUUUCUCCCAUCACCUGAAGCUCAUGAUUUUCAUCACCUCAAGUUCAACCAAAACUAUGGCAUUCUUGGAGUCCUUGAUCGUCUUCAUGGCACCGAUAAUCUGUUCCGUGCCAGUCCUGCAUAUGAGCGCCACAUUCUUUUGCUUUCUAAGGUACCCAUGUCUGUGCAGUACCCUGAUUCUUCACCUAAGAAAUCAACCAAGAAUGAGGAGAAAACUGAAUAAAUAAAUAAAUUAAUUAAAAAAAAAA